AUGGCGGCCCGAGCGCUUGCGGCAGUCCUGCUCAUCUGCCUGCUCGUGCCUGUCGCCCCGGCCAACGUUGAGCUGAAGUGCCGCAUUGUGACAGCCGAUGUCGUGAAUGUGAGGGAAAAGCCGUGCGUUGACGCCAAGAUUGUGGGCCAACUCAAGAAGGGUGAGAAGGUGAACCGAAUCGGCAACUUGCUGCUGGGGAAGCGGUGCGGAUUCGUGUGGGAGCCUAUCAAGGGAAAGAAGGAGCUGGCCGGCUGGGUGGCUUCCGACUUCCUGGAUGAGUGCCCCUAG